ACAGUGGUUGCACCCAUGCCGCCCGGAAGUGUUUGCCUGCCGCACCCAUGCCACCCGGAAGUGUUUGCCUGCGUCCACGACAUGGCUUCGCCGACGGACACGGACUGGCCUGGCGCUCCGCGCUGGGCGGGCCGAGCUCCCAGGCCGGCGGAGUCGGCCCCGGCCGCGGUGACCCUGGCGCAGCUACUGCAGCUGGUCCAGCAGGGCCGGGAGCUCCCGGGCCUGGAGAGGCGCCACAUCGCGGCGACCCUUGGCGAGCCCUCGGCGUCUCUGCUCCCGCGGAGGCCCAAGCCCUGGGAAGCGGCGGGCAAGACCGAGGCCCCCGCGCCCCCGCCCUAGACCCGGGGCUACAGCUCCCGCGGACCCUUGGGUACGCAUGGAGGACCCUCCUGGAGGGGCCAGGCGGAGGCAGCGACCGCUCCGUCCUAAAUGGCACGCAGUGGGUUCCUGAAGCUCGAGGUCCUUUGCAGCCGAGAUCUGGAGGACGUGACUGUGGCAUGAACUCGGACCCUGGAUACUGGCCACUCUGUUAUUCAUCUUUUGUGCGUUCGCCCUGAACUGUCUCAACUGGACUUAGGCCUCCUGGGAGCAUCAUCGGGGUUGGUUUGUAGCCAUAUUUCUGGACCAUGAUCUUCAUUAAAAAUGUUUAAAAAA